AGUUUUACCAGCGACGCGUUAGCUUUUAAUCAACACUACUGGUCGAAAAUAAAAAAACUCCCAUUCUAUUGAAAUAUUUUAUAUUUUUCUUGAUGUUCGUUGAGUUUUUGCUGAUGUCACCAAAGGUUUACGCUUGACGUUCUAUUUUACGUCAAUGUACUAUGACGUCACAAUGCACACUGCUUUAGCCAAUCAGAAUACAGAUUGCAUUAAGACGAAGGAAAUGUAAUCAUAACGUCACAGUCGAUAUUUCCUCAUAGAGUCUGCAAUUGUGGCAUCACAACUUUAACGUCAUAAAUAUACAGUAGUGUGUUACAUUCCUGCGGGCCAAAUGCCGAAACCAAAUGAGUCGCUAAAGGAUGAUUUUGCUCCAGAGUCCAUACAUUCAAACUGGAAGUCCAAGAAGUAUCAACGGGUUGCACUCCAGAUUAGAAUGGAGAAAGAACAGGAGUUUAUAAAAAAGGAUGAGGAUUUCCGCGCCCGUCAAAUGGGGAAAGACCAAGAGAAAAUGAGAAAAUGUUUAGAAAGACUUGAGCAAGAUAAGAAAAAUAUCUCCAACUAUGAGCCUUCGCGAAACACUGGUGACAGGGAACAGAUUUACAGCCGCGGUACUAGCGGUCGUUCUUCCAGUAUGAGGGAAAGAAGGCGUUCUUCUCGGUAUUCCCGCCCACAAGAAGGUGGGACUUCCUCUGUGGACCCAAGACGUUCCUCAACACGGAAGUUCAGCGAGCAGGCUAAGAUAGCAGACCAAGGCCAGGAAACUCCUCCGGAACGUCAGAGUUGGCGACAGCGAAGUUUGCCCAGGUCUUUACAGAAUUCAAUAAAGAAGAAAACGUCAGAUCUCUUGAAAAGUGUAACGGAUGCUGGCAGCGAUAAAACUUCUGAAAACCCCACAAUCCCGUCCACUGCUCUAACUGACCAAGGUAGUGAUAAAAACAUCCAACCAACCGGCAGUUUCGUAAACCAAGAACAGGGGUCGGACAUUGCUCAAGGAAAUCAGUCUCGAAAGGGCUCGUACGAGAACAACCCCCUUACCAAAGAAGAUUUCCAAGCAUCCAAGCGUGGUCAUCGUGGAUCAUACGUUCCACACUUGUCCAAGGGAAGUAGUAGACAUAAUCAUAGUCUCAGAAAGUCCUCAGUUGCCGGUCAGUCCCAAAUAUUUAACGAGGAUAAUGCAGAGGAAGCACAGAAACUGUACGAGUAUGCUGUGAAGUGUGUUAUAGACGCGUACAAACAAAAGUCGCAAACACCAGAAAGACGAAGUUCAAUACCUGGGGAAUCGCAGGCAUCACCUCUUGAUGAAAUAUCAUUCCUCACCAAACAAUCUGUCGUAACACCUUCUGAACAAAUUCCCCACAUGAGUCUGCUGGAUAAAUCUGCAUUGGAGGAUUUGCAAGAACUUCUGCAAGAAGCGCGCAUAUAUCGAGACAGAAAAUUGUCAGACGAAGAGCAUGGCAUUCAUUCACAUAAUCGUAUGCAGAGAAGACGACUGGAGAACAUGAAGACCAUUUUGGAAAAAUUAGGGAGGCAAUCAGUUACUAAAUUUGAUCCAAAGGCGAUGCUAGAAUGUGGAUAUUUACGAUUGUCCAAGCGAAACAUCGAAACACUCGAGGAAAUGAUGAGAGACUCGGGGGAAGAUCCGGACCUUCACGCACAUUCUGAUGUGUCCAAUUACAAUGUGUGGGAUAGUUGAUCUUUGGGAACUUUCAGUAUUAUAUAUAUAUA